GGACUCUUUUCACUCCCGACAUUGGCGCGGAGCGUUGUCCUCCACCUUGAGCUGUCACUGGGAUUUUAGGACUCGUGCACGUGGUCAUCAACAGGAUAAGUGACAUUUAAGAGCUUCCAUGUAGUAAGAAUAUUACAAUAUAAGGAGAAUUUACCUUUUCUCAGACUUCAUCUUAAUAUAUUAACGGACGGAUCGCAUUUCUACAGGCGAACUAUGACCAGGUGGACUGUAUUACUUUGUUUCUGUCUGUGUGUUGCCUCAGCAACAUUCAACACUUAUCAGCCAAUCAGCAGUGAUGAGGAACACUCCUUUCUGGACCCUGAGGACACGCUAAGCGUUAGCAUCCCAUUGGAUCGUCCCCAGCGCCCUCUACUGGGCAGCACUUUGCUACUACCUUGCUACUUCCAGGACCACACCGUACAUGACCCUGGAGCCCCCACUAUCACACCCCUUUCCCACCGCAUCAAAUGGAGCCUCGUCACCAAGGAGCGUGUCUCGGUCAUUCUGGUUGCCAUGGACGGAGAGGUCAAGGUGGAGUACGACUACCUGGACCGGGUGAACAUGGUGGGCUACCCCCACACCCCCAGUGAUGCCAGUAUUAAGAUGAGUGAGUUAAGGACCAACGACAGCGGCGUCUACCGAUGUGAGGUCCAGCACGGUAUUGAGGACAACCAUGACACCGUGGAUGUCCGGGUUCAGGGUAUUGUAUUCCACUACCGAGCUAUCACAACUCGCUACACUCUGACCUUUGAAAAGGCCAAGGCAGCCUGUAUCCAGAACAGUGCUGUGAUUGCGACCCCAGAACAGCUUCAGGCUGCAUACGACGAGGGUUUCCACCAGUGUGACGCUGGCUGGCUCUCCGACCAGACUGUCAGGUACCCUAUCCAUAAUCCACGUGAGAAUUGUUAUGGCGACAAAGAAGAGUUUCCCGGGGUGCGAACGUAUGGAGUGAGAGAUGUCAAUGAGACCUACGACGUGUACUGUUUCGCCGAAAAGAUGACAGGCAGGGUGUUCUACUCUGGGUCUGUGGCCAAGUUCACCUACUCUGAGGCUGAGGAACAGUGCAGUAGGCAGGGGGCCAUGUUGGCCUCCACGGGGCAGCUCUACUUGGCCUGGCAGGCGGGCCUGGAUGUGUGCAACGCUGGCUGGCUGGGGGAUAGAAGUGUCCGCUACCCCAUCAACAUCCGGAGGCCCCAGUGUGGUGGGGGUCUGCUGGGGGUACGGACCGUUUACCUCCACAUCAACCAGACGGGGUACCCCCUCCCCGAGUCACGCUACGAUGCCUUCUGCUACACUGAAGCGGAGGAGGAUGGCUCGGGGAUGGUGGCACCCACCGAAGCUGACAGCGGCGUGCUGAGUAUCGUCACGGAGACCCAAGGUCCUACCGAUGUGUUCUUCAGCCAGCCAACCACAGAAAGCGAGGCACUGGCUGGGGACCUUGUUACCCAGAAACCCACCAGUGUGGACUUCACUUUUGGCACUGAGCUGCCCCUACCACAACCCCCCAGUUUGGGAGAGGUUGUGGAGAGAGCGACGGCCAGACCGGAGGUGGGGAGUGAGAUUGGCAUUGGGACAGAUCGCCCUGAGUUGCCCAAGACUCAGUGUGAGCAACUUAGAGACGGAAUCCAGACAACCAGUCCUGAAGGGUUUCCUAUAAUAGGCGCCUUUGUACCCCAGUGUGAUGAGCAUGGUCAGUACAGAGCCCUGCAAUGCCAUCCUUCCACUGGAUACUGCUGGUGUGUGGACAGCAAAGGACAGGAAAGAAAAGGAACCAGGAAAGGACCAGGCACUGGCCAGCCAGACUGUCACAAAUCUGUGGACAUCUUGCUUCUUGCCAAUGAAACUGGAUUGAGCAUCACAGAGACAGAAGAACCUUUGGUCAACCUCACUUCCAUCACUGAUUUGCUAAGCCCUGUCCUGCCCUCCAUUACUCCUCCCAUCUCUGUGGAGUCCUUCCGCAUUGGUUCUGGUUUGGCCUCUGGUUCUGGAGCCAGUGGAUCCUCAGGAGAUCACUCCGGUGAUCUGCCUUAUUCAGGGGAAGUAUCCGGGUCUAGGGAUCUAUCGGGCAGCGGGAGUGCUGAGGUUCCCAGUGGAAUGUCAGGCCUGACAAGUGGAGAUUCGUCUGGCUCCGGGCAGAGUGGUGAAGGAUCUGGAGUAACACUCUUCCUCUCUUCAGCAAGCGGCAGCGUUUUAUCUGGUUCAGGCUCCGGAGAUCCUGAGGAGGCGGGAGAGGGAAGCACUGGGAUCCUCACCUUCCCCGGGGGAAUGGGAUCAGGAGUGUUCAGUGGCAGUGGGGUCCUGUUGGGAUCGGACAGUGACUCCGGCAUCAGCUCAGGUGGCAGCUCCAGCGGCUCAGAGUUUUCUGGAUUUCCUUCAGGAUUCCUUCCCUCAGGAGACUCCAGUGGUCAGUCAGGAGAGGGGUCAACAAGUGGAGACGUUCACAUCCUACUGAUCGAUGGGAAGCUGGUGGAGGUUUCCAACUCCUACACACACAAAGAGCAGGAGCUGGGCAGCGGAGGUCUGGAGUUCAGUGGCUCUGGAUCGGGCAGCGGUACUUCAGGGUUCUUCCCAGGUGUGACCUUCUUGGAUUCUGGAUUUACUGACAUCACAGGGUCAGCCUCAGGGGAACAGGAGGCCUCUGGUUCUCUCCGGUACGGCUCUGGAAGUGGGGAUCUUAGUGGUUCAGCUUCGGGCAGCAGCAGUGCCUCAGGGUUCUUCCCAGGUGUGACCUUCUUGGAUUCUGGAUUUAUUGACAUCACGGGGUCAGCCUCAGGGGAAGAGGAGGCCUCUGGUUCUCUUCUGUACGGCUCUGGAAGUGGGGAUCUUAGUGGUUCAGCUUCGGGCAGCAGCAGUGCCUCAGGGUCCUUCCCAGACGUGACCUUCUUGGAUUCUGGGUUAAUUGACAUCACAGGGUCAGCCUCAGGGGAAGAGGAGGCCUCUGGUUCUCUUCUGUACGGCUCUGGAAGUGGGGAUCUUAGUGGUUCAGCUUCGGGCAGUCGUGCCUCAGGAUUCUUCCCAGGGGUGACCUUCUUGGGGUCAGGAUUCACUGACCUCACAGGGUCAGCCUCAGGGGAACAGGAGACCUUGGGGUCUGUCCUCUAUGGCCCUGGAAGUGGUGAUCUAAGUGGUUCGGGCAGUGGUGGCUCAGGGUUGUUCCCAGGCGUGACCUUCUUCGCGUCAGGGUUCACUGACCUUACGGGGUCAGCCUCAGGGGAACAGGAGGCCUCUGGAUCUCUCCACUUUGCCUCUGGAGCAGGAAGCAGUGGACAAGCAUCAGGGCUCAGAAUGUCAGGGUUCCCAUCUGGAUCCCCCACUAUUGGGGAGGAGGACAGCACCAUCACCUUCCUUAGUGGUGAUAUCCUGACAGAGGUUUCCACUGUGACAGUGGUUUCCAAGGAGCUUGGGGGUGGGCCCGUGGAGAUCAGUGGGACAGGAAGCGCAUUCCAGUCUGGCAGCAACGCUGAUCACCCAACCCAGGCCAGUGUUGUCUCAUACAAGGCCCACUCUGGAGAUCUGACCUACGCGGGGCCAUCCUCUCCACCCAGCGAGAUGGAGCUGAUGUCAGGCACGGAGGGUCAAGAAGAGGUUAGGGGUGCGGAGUUCGUGAAGACCACUGGAGAGUCCUAUGUAACAUUUGGCCCAAACCUUCCUCCCGCUGGAUUGGCCGCCGCCGCCACAGCCCCCACCUUCUCCCUGCAGACCCCCGCCGUCAUGGAGGAGCCAUCCUCAGAGAAGGAGGUUGAUGUGUGCCAUUCCAACCCUUGUGCCAAUGGAGCCACCUGUGUGGAAAUGGCCGGUUCUUACAAAUGCUUAUGCCUGCCCAGCUACGGAGGGGAUUGCUGCGAGAUUGAUGAGCAGGAGUGUGAGCACGGCUGGACUAAGUUUCAGGGGAACUGUUACCUGUACUUCUCUGAAAGAAAGACCUGGCUGGAUGCCGAGCAGCACUGCCGUAGCCUCAACGCUCACUUGGUCAGCAUAACCACCCCAGAGGAACAGCACUUUGUCAACUCCAACUUACCAGAAUCCAAUUACCAGUGGAUUGGGCUCAAUGACAAGACAGUGGAGAAUGACUUCCGCUGGACGGACAGCACACCACUGCAAUUUGUGAACUGGCGGCUGAACCAACCCGACAAUUACUUUAACUCUGGAGAGGACUGUGUGGUGAUGAUCUGGCACGAGAAUGGCGAGUGGAAUGAUGUGCCCUGCAACUACCACCUGCCCUUUACUUGCAAGAUUGGCCCAGUCAACUGUGGCCCCCCACCAGAAGUGGGAAGUGCCAGUAUCUUUGGCAACAGACGAGAGCAGUACCCGGUGGGCUCCAGCGUCCGCUACCAUUGUAACCCAGGCCUCGUACAGCGCCACAGGCCUGUGGUCCACUGCAUGGCAGACGGCCGGUGGGAGGAGCCACAGGUGGAGUGCACGGGUGGAGUAUCCUCCACCAUUAACAGAAUACAGCGGAGAUCCACCAAUAGGCAAGCAGAAUCAACUGGUAUCAAGCAUCACUAAACAUGGCAGAUUGAGGAAGAUUGUAUAAGAUGUACAGCACACAGAAGCCAUUGUCUAUCUUCCUAAAGUGGUUUGAAUGUUUGAAGUUCCCAGCAACUUGUAUAUACACACAAAGCCCGAAGAAAACGUAAGUGCAGUUACAUGCACACAAUAAUGUGACUGGUGGAUAGUCAGAUUAAUAUAAUUGUUUACAGGAGACCAAUUUCUGUAAAAAUAAAUCCUGUUUACAUAAACACAUUUGAAAUCAGGCCGCCUGAUGGGACUUUGAAUAUGCUGAUAAGUAUAUAUACUGUGAUUUUCAGAAUGAUUGGCACUUUUGGUAAAGAUGUUGCUAUCAGCUUGGUUUUACUCUCAACAAAAGAGAAAAAUCUAACCUUUUUUAAACUAAAUAUAUUUUGAGAAAAACCUUGUUAUUCAAGAAAUCCUUUUUCUUGAUUAAGGAUUAGUUUUUUCUUUUAGCAUGUAUACCUUAAUUAAAGGUUAGAGUUCUCUCAUAUUUUAAGUAUAAGAUCAAGCUGAUGAACAACGAUCGAAUUCUUUCAUAGUCUUUUUUGCUCAUUUUCACCAUGGGUGCCAAUAAAUGUGAAGGGCACUGUAUAUCAUAGCGACCAUGUUAUUUAUGUGAAACGUAUUUGAUUCUUAAUUCAACAUAUAGUUUUUUAUUGCUGUAUGCAUACUUACUGUAGAUUCUGACCUUAAAAUUAGUAGAGUAAGAUUUUUACCUGACUAUUGCAUUAUUGGGUUUCUGCCAUAAUCAGUUUAAUAUGGAAAUAUUAGUGUGCAUGUAAUUCACUUAAUGCCUCAUCAGAUUGUCACUCUAUUUAUAAAAAGGUAAAUUAACCCAAUGUUUUUUUUGUUGUUCAUGUUGAAGUUUAAAUUAUAUAGAACUGUUUUUAAUUGAAUAGAGUUGUAUUAUUAUUAUUAUUAUUAUUGUUAUUAUGUAUUUUUAGUUUUGCUGGUUUGUAAUGCUGUCGAUAAGGUCUGAGUAAUUGCUAAAAUACUUUGGCCAAUCAGACUGGAUUAUGUAAUCACUGUUUUGGACAAGGACACCUAACCCUGUUUCUUGGAUGAAAAACCUCCGGGAUGGUAGAUCUCUAGAGACAGGGUUGGGCAGCCCUGGUGUUGUGUGAACAUGCCCCUGGAUCCUGAUCUUGGGUCAGUUUAGCUUUGCCUCAUGCAUGUUUAAGUUCAGGAUAUGGCGGGGUAGCAAUCCUAACACUGAUUCAAGGGAAACUAGUAGCAUCAGUCAGACAAUAUUGUAGGUCCUGGCCAAAUCAGACAACAAUAUUACUGUAGACUGCACCAUCCAGAUGUAAAUGCUUUAUAUACCCUGGUGUUUAUAAAGUGUGGCGGUUUGGUAUGUUUAUCUGGGUAAAAUUAGACCAAAUGGAAGAACUAGAAAAGUGCCUUUGCACUCUUGAGAUGCACACUUACAAUUACUUGAUAUGGGAGACAAACAGAGGUCUUAUAAUCUAUGACAGUAAAUAUGCUAAAAAAGCAAGGUACUUUAAGCACUGUUAGCAUUGUCAUUCUCGUAUAUAGCAGUGAAGAACCCGAUAAAGUAAAUGGGAGGAAAUCUAGCAUUUAUCCACCAUGGAAGUAUUUAUGAACUUAUGACAAUUUACUUAUGACAGUUUGUCAAAAACUCUAGUGGUCUUUUGUUGAGCAGAGAAAUCUGCAAGGCAUCAAUAGCAAAUAUAUUGGAAAACACUUGAUUGUUGGUUCCUAAUGUAUUGAUUGGUUUCAUAUCAGUGUUAGAAUCGCUACCUGACACACUGGGCAGGUGUCCUCCGGAAAUCUUCUGAGCUGUACAAUAAAAUGAAAGGGGAUGCAAGUUCUUAAAUAUGAGAGUGACCUGAACGUUUCUCAGGUUCAGGAGUGACACAGUAGAAUUGAAGUCAACACUGUCCAAGUGAACUCCAUUUCCUUUUCAGACAGUUAAUUUGUUUAAAUUCAGUGAAAGUCAUUGUAUUUAUUUUCCGAAGAGAUUGGAAUGAAAUUUAAACUGAUCCCUUUGUUUGUUUAAGCAGGACCAACGGAUGAAUGUCAUUGGUCAGUUCAGGUAUUUUAUCGUCUUUGUCAUCUCACAAAAAGCUGUGCAGUGCAUAGCACUUGUGGGAUCAGUUUGCAACAGUAGCUUUAAAAUCAGAUAUGUUAUAUUCUUUGUCGGUGUAACCAUCCAUUACCAGGUCAACCGUGUUAGUUAGUCCUCCUGUAUUGUAUGCUUAACGCUGUUGUCACUAAUAUACAGUACCAGUCAAAGGUCUGGACACACCCAUUCAGGUGACUGCUAUUGUAGAUAUAGAAGCCUUGUUCCUUACAGGAGGCUGUGCCUCCUCCUUUAACCCACCAGUGCUGGCCAAAGGUUUCUCCUGCAUUCAUAAAAUAAUAUGCCAAUCAAAGACAUCACAGAAAGACCACUUAGAGCAAGCUUAAAGGUUUUCUCUGAUUGGAGUUGUAAGACGGGACCCCCAGAAUGUGUCCAGCCAUAUGUGUCAUUGCGGAAGUGGAUUAUUUAAAGAACAUUCAGCAGCGCUGCAACACCGUUGCCAGACGAUGUGGCCGAGCUGGGCGGAGUCCUAUGUGUUGCACUUGUUUGCUGCUGUGCUGUGUGGUUUUAGAAACUCCAAUGAUGCAGAUGUGUAUCUUUCAGUUAUGUGGAUAGCAACACUGACAGCGCAGUACAUUACAUCGAAAAGUUCAUCAAAGUCAGUUGUCGAUUGCAUCCAUAAUAAACAAGUCUUGAAAAAAAAGAGAUUCAAUAUUGAAGAGGGACAUUUUAUUAGUAUUUAGGGAAUAUUUAGGGGGGUAUUUUUGUGUUAGCCUAUGAUGUUACAUGUAGCAACAUUGAUGUCACUGGUGUGACCUGGCCAGAGGACAGAUGAAACAUUGAAUGUUACACACACAUACACACUUGUGUUUUACUGUACCUCUACAGUACUGAAAGUAUUAAGAGCUUUCAGAAGAUUUAAAUAAUGCCAGCCAUUGUGUCUGAAAUAUUAGUAAUGGAGGGGGAUGAUUCUCUUUUUGCAGCUAAAGCUAUUUGACAAAGGGGUGGUGUUGAGCAAUGUUUUCCAUCUAAUCAUCUGAGGGACUAGUCAACAAUGUCCCAAGGAAUGGAAGCGGUCCAUGGAACAUAGGUUGAGACACACACUCCUGCAACUCUCAAAGCAGGUGAUAUCCCCCUGGACACAAACAAAAUUCAAUGCGAAGAUGUAGAGUCAAUGUGAGAAAAUGUAUUGGAUUUGCAAAAAGUAAUUAUUUGUAAAGAAAUUCCUAGAAUGUCGGGCAUUUUUCCAAAUAAGCAUUUUCUUCAGAUUUUCAUUUUGCUAAAGUAAAAAACGUAUAUAAAUUGUACCUACUGUGGUCAGUAGGUUGUGUAAGACUGGCAUCUGCUCUCUGUAUGAAAAGGCCAAAUCCAGACAGUGACAACGUCAGGAGGUGUAGAGGUUCUAGUCAGGAUUGUCUUCUGUUGCUCUAAGGAAUGUACCUAAAUGUGCCUGAAAUAACUGUGUUUUUGAAUGUCCUUUAUUCAAAAUUUGCCAAAUAAAGAUACUCUACAUGUUAUGUUC